AUGUCCAACGGUACAAACGGCACCAACGGCGCUGAGGCGCAAUCAAAGUUCGACCCCAACUUCACAGAGCAUGUCGUCGGCCUCAUGAGCCCCGAGACCGAGCCCAGACAGCGCGAGAUCCUCACCUCUCUCAUCCGUCACAUGCACGACUUCUGCAGAGAAGUCGAGCUCAAGCAAGAAGAGUGGAUCAUUGGUGUCAACUACAUCAACUCUCUUGGCCAGGCCUACAAGAAGAACCGCAACGAGACAUGGCGCGUCUGCGAUAUUCUCGGCAUUGAGUCCCUCGUCGACGAGAUCAACCACAAGGUCGUUACCGAAGGCGGCAAGGCUCCCACCUCCUCCAGCAUCCUCGGUCCCUUCUGGUCUCCCGAGACCCCCUUCCGCGAUCUCGGCGCCAGCGUCGUCCAAGAUAUGCCCAAGGACGGUCAACUCACAUUCUUCCACGGUGUCAUCCGCGACGUCGACACCGGCAAGGGUAUCCCCAACGCCGUCUUCGACAUGUGGCAAGCCAGCACCAACGGCAAGUACGACGCCCACGACCCCGAGAACCAGUCUCGCCACAACCUCCGCGGCAAGUUCCGCACCGACCAGGACGGCAAGUUCUGGUUCUACUGCCUCAAACCCACCGAGUACGCCAUCGACACCUCUGGUCCCUCUGCUGAGCUCCUCCGCAUCAUGGGCCGUCACCCUUACCGCCCUGCUCACAUCCACAUCAUGGUUACCCACGAUGACUACCUUGGUGUUACCGCUCAGCUGUACCCCAGCGACGACCCCUACCUCGAGACUGAUACCGCUUGCGCUGUCAAGGACGACUUGGUGCUUGACUUCAAGCCUGCCAAGGACGACCCCAAGGGUGCUACUCUCGAUGUCGAGUACAACAUCAACCUUGCUUCCAAGAAGUACAAGCCCGACAACACCAUGUUGAUGCAGAACGCCAACCAGGACAAGUUCUAA